ACACUUCCCGACAUGCCUCGCGGUCCGGCCGCCAGAUAUAAAGAGCCGCCCCGACACGCUGGCUUAGAGAGCGCGGAACGUCGAGGCGGUGGCUGACGGAUUUGCAGUUCUGGAGAUAUCGGCUUAGCUUCCCGCGUGGCCAAGAUGUGCGACAAACCAGAUCUUUCGGAGGUUGAGAAAUUUGAUAAGAAGAAGCUGAAGAAGACGAAUACGGAGGAGAAGAACACCCUUCCUUCCAAGGAGACCAUUGAACAGGAAAAAGAGUGUGCCAAGUCGUCAUAGAGGUGGACAAGCGGCAUGAAGCUCUGAUGUUCUUUCUCAGUUGUUUCUCUGAAACAACUUUUUUCUUUUCUUUUUUUAUACAACUCAUGUCUUGAGAAAUGCUGCAGCCCAUCCACGGUGGCCGCCUCUUUGGGCCUUUUCAGAGCCCGGCAGCACCUGCCCCCCCCCCAACCUUUCUGGGCUCAGCCACCCCUUCUGCUUCCAGCACAGGAAAAAAAGUGAUCCAGAGAAAAUUUCCAGGGUUUGCGCAGCUUGAUUCUCAUCCUCUGCCUUUCUUGCCAGUUGGGGCAAUUUCAUCAGUUAAAUCCUAUUUAGUAAAAUUGUUCAUAAUUGUUUUUGCAGCUUUACUUUGAUUUCCUAAAAAUGGAGAGAAAAAUCUAUUAAAAUUUUUAAAAUGGAA